AUCUAUCUAUAUGUUUAUCAAAUUAAACUAGCUAGUUUUAAGUCUUUUCAUGUCAAUAAUUUUUAGGAAAGUAUCACAACUUCUCCAUAGCAUUUAUAUGUUUAUCAAAACUAGUUUUAAGUCUUUUAGUGUCAAUGAUUUUCAGGAAAGUAUCACAACUCCUCCACAGCAUUUAUAUGUAGUCAAAUUAAACUAGUUUUAAGUCUUUUUGUGUCAUUAAUUUUUAGGAAAGUAUCACAACUUCUCCAAAGUCCAAUGUUGAAAGAGAAGAACAGUUAUCAACUCUUCCUUUUCUUCUACACAUUGCUACAUCAUCACCCAACUUACUGAGAGGAACUAUCACUGAAUUUAUUAAUGCCUUGACUCCUGAAGUCCUUCUUCAAUUGCUGGAGCAGUCUAAGAGAAGAGGGGACUGGAAAAUAAGCUUGGUGUCAUCAGUUGUCAAUGUCAUAAAGAACACCGAGGAAGGAGCACUUGAAGUCUUUCAGCUUCUUCUUGAAAACUGUCAGAAACCUGCAGAUAGAGGGUCAAAGGAGAUUGAUUUGGCACAAGCUGCUGAGUUGCAGAAUACAUUCAGCCUAACAACAGGAUUACUGCUGACCAGACUUAGGGAUAUUGCUGUUGAGAGGCACAGCCUGUUUUGCAAGAGCACAACCAUAGCUUCACUUGACACCAGAAAAACAGAGAGUGAAUUUCUUACAGAAAUGUCUCAUUACACUAAAGAUCUGUGCCAGGCACUAAUCACCUCAACUGGGAACAAGGUUUCUAAUAUUUUUCAAAUGUUAGUCACCAUUUCCAUUUACAGUGGACGGACUUCAGCAGCAGGGAUUCUCAACCUUGUUCUGAUGAACAGUAGAUCCACUCAAUCUCUUCAGCUAUUUGUUCAACUGCAUUGUGAUCUUGAGCUGUAUUAUACACAGCUGUUGGAUGAUGUAGUGAAAACAUGUUUGUCAACUGUCAAGUAUCCUAGCACUGCGUCACACUCAAAAAAGUUGCUGGCUUUGUUGAGAAAUUUUCAUGAAUUGAUUUCCAUUGGGAGCAAAAGUGAAAAUCUGCCAAGGUCAAAGAUGUGUGCAUCACUUCAAAGACAUCACAGCCUCCUGACUAAUUUACUGAUUCAUCCAAACUUGGAGGUCUCGUUAAAGUCUCUGGAGCUUCUUCUGUCAUUGGACAAAAUUAUGUCAGACAAAGUCUCUAACAUAAUGAAAAUUUGUAGUAACUGUGUGGGGCUGUUCUACAAGUUGUUACACAAACUGAAAAAACAAGAUGGAAACAUUCGUGAAACAGUGAAGUCAAUCAAACUUUGCAGAGAGAUGGUUCUUCUUCUCUCCAAAGAUGACAGAUGCAGACUUUAUUUGAUGAGACUUCUGGUGGAGGGAACACUUAAAAAGGAGCAUGUUUCCUUGUUUGGUGGGAUUUUACCAGCUGAACCAAGUGACUCCGAGAAGGACUUGACGAAGAUCAACGUGUCAUUAUUGGAGAGAAACAGAAACCCUCAUAUCUCCUCGCACCUACCUUUAACUCCAUCGUCGGUUUUCUUCAGUGGAAUUGUGGGUAACAUUGAGAAAAACAACAGAACAAAUGCACCUGAGGCGCAAGUAUGGCAGCGGACGAGUCAAGUGUUUGUGGAUGUUGUGUUCAUGCUGUGCACAUGUGACCAGGAAGAUACAGACAAUUCUAAUCUUACUCUUCAUCAUAAAUAUGUGGAUUCAUUAUCACUGCUGCUCAUGGAGCUCGUCUGUCCAGAUGUUGUACCCAUUAGCUUUGACUGGCCAGAUGAUGAAAGUCUCAAGUUUACAAUAGAACGCGACUUACGGAUAAAGAAAACAUUUGACGAGAAUCCAAUCCUGUGGGCUCUUGUGAGCAUUGUAGCAAGAGGUGUCUCAUCACUUUCCAAAUGCAGCCCUUUAGUUUCCAGUCUACUAGCAACUGUCAUGUCCACCUGGGAAGUAUACAGAGGCUCGACAGUUGACCAAUCUUCGUUGAAUUUUAAAGUCACGUGUUUCAUAACAGACAUUAUGACAAAGGCAAGUUGGUUGCCUCCCCCGCUCAGUAGGGUUGGUGCUGUAUUUGGUCUCCUGAAGCCAAAGGAAAUUUAUACCAUACUCAACACCAUGUGGAAAGUUCUUAAGGAAUUUCCUCCUCCAAGUUCUGCCAUGACACCAGAAGCUACUCGGCAAAGGUGGCAGCAAGGAACAGCCUUCAAAACUCAGAAGGAAGUGGUUAAGGCGAUCUUUGUGAAUAACAUUGAAAAACUUGGUCAUCAUUAUGCUCGUGUGUUUGACGAAUCUUGGUAAUAUUGUUUAUAAGACUUGUACAGCGUUGAUAUCAAUAAAUUUUUAACUUCA